CAGGCAUCAGUGAGCAACAUUUUUGGGAGUCCGAUUCGCAGAAAAAUAGAUGUUGAUGAAUGGGUUCAAGAGGGGUGUGGAAAAUACACCAGAGAUGCUGUCUUGAUGUUUGAGAAGGUCCAAGAAGAGGAACAGAGACUGAAGCAACAAAGGCUGUCAGAGAGUGGUGGCAUCGAAUGGGUGAACCUGGGUGGACAUUACAAGAUCAAAACGUGGUUCAGCGGCAAUUAUCCAGCGGAAUACUCUGGUUUGAAGACUAUUUAUGUCUGUGAUGGUUGCUUCUCAUACUUCGGCCAUGAGCCAUCUCAGAUACGCCACAUGGCGAAAUGUCCUUACCGUUUUGCUCCACCAGGAGACGAAAUAUAUCGUGAUAAGCAGAAAAACAUAUCAGUAUUCGAAGUGCAUGGAACAGUGGAACCAAUGUACUGCUCUAAUCUUUGUCGCCUCACGAUGUUGUGGUUAGAAAACAAA